AUGGCUGGGAGGACGGACAUUGCCGAACAGCUCAAGGAACUCAUCUCCUCCUUGAAAGAACAGGGUAUUCUAGAUGAGAAGUUUGAUGAAGUGAUGAGACGGUUGAAAGAUGAACGAAACCCUCGCUUUGCUGUUGAAAUCAUAAACCACUUCUACGGUGAUGCUGAAAAUAACCUAGCAGAACUUACAUACCUGAGUGUUGUUCCUAUCAUCGACUAUCCUCAGCUGACAAAUGUCGCCCUCAAUCUCAAGGAAGCUUGCUCAAGUUUUGGUUGCAGCCGGAUGGCCAUUGCCUGCGGCGAGCUCCGAGAUGCAAGUGAAGCAAAGAACAAAGAAGGGUAA